UCGAAAUCGGCAAAUUUUCACAGAAACUCUUCUUAUAUAGGGCCUACAGUUUGCGAUGACCACUUUCGCCAGAUUGCAUUAUCCACACUGCCCGUUUUGUUACAUCGCUAGAAUCUACAUCAUUGUCUGACUAUAAGUAAAGAAACAUCAUCUUCAAGCUUCCUCCAUCAUCAUCAGUCAUGAGGAUUCUGGUGUUAUUCGUUUGCUGCAUCUCCAUGGCCGUAGCAUUUGUUCCCGGCCGUCGCAGCUCCCGGAGUCUGAUCGUUGGGGGCGAUGAAUCCCCACCGGACAGCCGUCCAUACCAGGUAUCUGUUCUCCAGAGCAAUGACGGGGAAGAUCAAGUUUGUGGAGGCACACUCGUUCACCCAGAAUGGGUGGUAACAGCAUGUCACUGCAGCGUUCAAUUGGACGUCUGGGUUGGUGUUGGCUUCCAAGAUUUGAGAGACACGGCGGCAGAUGGCGCCAGUAUCAUCAAAGGGGAAUGGGUAGACCACCCCUCCUUCGAUAUCUCCACUUUCGACUUUGAUAUCGCUCUGAUCAAACUGGAUGCACCUGCGGUACUCUCACCAAGAGUUCAGACUAUUCAAAUCGCAGCUGCUAACAGUGAUGUUGCGGCGGGAACCAGUCUGUUGGUCAGUGGAUGGGGUAAACUAAGUGAUGGUGGAGACAGGACUAAGGAACUUCGACAGGUCGCUGUGGAUGCUUUGAGCAGAGCCACGUGCACGAAUGACUACGCUGGUGUAAAUGCGGUUACAAACAACAUGAUCUGUGCCUCAGGUGUUGGCAAAGAUGCCUGCCAGUUUGAUAGCGGCGGCCCAGCUGUCAGCGGUUAUGACGAAGAUGCACACGUGGAUGGAGUGACACUUGAAGGCAUUGUGAGCUGGGGCUGGGGCUGUGCAAAUCCGAACUAUCCCGGGGUCUACACGCGUGUGUCUGUCUUCUGCGAUUGGAUAAAUACAGCGACAGGGGGUGACGUCAUGUGCGGUUAAUUCGCCGUAUUUUUGACCACGUGGGGGCGUAUGUUGACAUAAUUUCAAGUAUCGAGAAUUGACCACAUGGGGGCGUUUGUGUACCAAUUUCAAGAGUGAAGAUAAACCAACUAAACAGAUGUGUUUUGUUUUCUUGUUGCUGUUACUAUUAUGUUGAUGAAUUGCUCAUUUGGUGCAGUUUUGUUUUACAUACUACAGUUAAUUAAACAGUUCAAGAUGAAACAGUGAUGUGAUGCAAAAGAUUCCCUAAUGAAAGCGCCCUCAUGUGGUCAAAAAUGGUUAUUUCAACGUCCUAUUAUUCUACAAACCAUUUCGACAUUUUGUUUUUAAAAUACUACUGACCGUGUGCACUACACGACUUCAUUGUAAAAUAGCAGAUGUACAAUGUAUAACUCCUUACCCAGGUCGUAUGAAAAGUGUUGUGCGUUUUGAUUCGUAUACGUCCAAAUAAAAACUAAUCAUUGAGA